GGCGCCCGCGGAGGGGCGCGGAGCUGCUCGGCGCGUGCCAUGCGCGGCGCGGAGCGGUGGUGGCGGCAGCUGGCGGGUCGUUGGCUGGCUCAGCAUGCGCGGGCUGUGCCGCCGCCUCUUCUGCCUGGUGGCCGCCGUCAUGGGGCUGUGCGGGGCCAGCAGGAACUGCCCCGACCUCAUCGUGGACCGCUGCCUCUGCGCCGCUGAGCGCGCCAAGGGGCCCGGCCGCCCGGCCCUCCGCAUCAAAGUGGUCUGCAGCGGCGGAGACUUGGUGGAAACUUUGCAGCCCGCCGUGCUGCCCAACCGCACCGUGUCCCUGAUUCUGAGUAACAACAAGAUCUUAUGGUUGAAGAAUGGCUCUUUCUUUGGACUGAGAUCCCUGGAGAGACUAGAUCUGAAGAAUAAUUUGAUCAGCACAAUUGAGCCAGGGGCCUUCCAUGGACUUUCAGAACUGAAGCGCCUGGAUCUUUCAAAUAACAGAAUUGGUUGCCUAACACCAGAAAUGUUUGUUGGACUUAACAGUCUCCACAAACUGAACUUGUCAGGGAAUAUUUUUUCAAGUCUCAUGAAUGGACUUUUUUCUGAGCUGCUAGCUCUGAAAGCACUACACUUUAACACUGAUUCACUCAUUUGUGACUGUAAUCUAAAAUGGGUCCUGCAAUGGGCCAGAAAUGCUUCAGUUCGAAUAGCGGAGGAAACAGUUUGUGCAUACCCCAGUGCUUUACAAGGACUGUCAUUUCAUAACCUGAAGGAAAACCAGCUGAUAUGUGCUGGGCCUCUAGAACUUCCUCUCUUUGAGCUGAUCCCAUCACAAAGACAAGUGGUUUUUCAUGGAGACCGCUUGCCAUUUCAGUGCACUGCAACAUACGUCGACAAUACCACCCAAGUACAUUGGUACCAUGCUGGUCAACUGAUUGAGACAGAUGAAGAGAGAGGCAUAUAUGUGGAGGACAGCAUCAUUCAUGACUGCUGCUUAAUUACACGUGAACUUAUCCUAUCCAGCAUUGACAUUGAUGCAUCUGGAGAUUGGGAGUGUCUAGUAAACAAUUCGUAUGGAAAUAGCACUAAACAUGUAGAAAUUGUGGUACUUGAAACGGCUGCACCCUACUGCCCUGCAGAAAGAAUCAUUAAUAACAAAGGAGAUUUCAGAUGGCCCAAAACUUUGGCUGGGAUAACUGCUUACCAUCCCUGUCUCCAGUAUUCGUUUAAGUCCAUUGCCUUUCACAAUGGUGCAGAAGAGGCUAAGGCAUGGCGUAAAUGUAAUCGAACUGGACGUUGGGAUGAAGAAAACUAUUCUGAAUGUCCUUAUUCACAAGAAGUAACUCAGGUUCUUCAUGCUUUUAGUCAGAUGCACAUCAAUUUAACAACCGUGGUUGAAUUUUCCCGUCAGCUGACAGCCUACACAAGAGGUGCUUCCCACUUUGCAGAUAAAAUGGAUGUAAUAUAUUUGGCUUAUAUUGUGGAAAAGUUAAUUGUCUUCGUGGAUGAAGUUGAAGAUAUUGGGGAUGCUCUUAUUGAAAUUGCCAGCAAUAUAAUGUUGGUCGAUGACCAUGUGUUAUGGAUGGCUCAAAAAGAAGACAAAGCCUGCACCAGGAUUGUACGAUGUGUGGAGCACAUUGCAAGCCAAAUACUGACCAGCAAUAUUCAAGUUAUAUCUAAGGUAUCUUCUAAUAUUGCUCUGGAGGCCUUUAUGAUCAAGCCAUCUAGUUUCACAGGAAUGACUUGCACUGCCUUCCAGAAAAUAGCUGCAAAUUCUGACAAGUCAGUGGUGCAUGAUUUGGGAAGCUGGGAAGCAAAUCACCAUCCUGAUCAACAUUUGAAUUUCAAGUGCAACACUGGCAAUUUGAAUAGUUCUUUGAUGAAUUCUUCUACCAGGCUGACUUUAGACAACAUACAGAAGGUAAACUCUACUGAUUGCACAAAGAAGCUAGCAGAAUGA